UCCGCCAAGUGGCGCCCGUAAUCGCGCGGCCUGCUCCCGCGUCCGCGUCCGCGCAGGCGCAGGCGCGCACGACGCGACGCGCCUCGCCUCCCAAAACAAGAGGAAACCGGUUGGUUCCUUGAAAACAAAAGAGGCGCCCGAGCGGGCAGGGGUCUGAGGCACGCGGUAUAAACUGGGUUAGCGGAGUGGCAGCGCCAACAGGCGGCGUCAGCGGGGCUCCCCUCCAGUCCAGUCCAGUCCCGAGUUGGGUGGCCGCGAGCGCGAGCGCGAGGGGAUGGACGUGCGGGUGCCGCCGGGGUCACGGCCGCGGCCGCGGCCGCCGACGCCGCGGCGCGGCGUCACGCUGGCCGAGCAGCUCGCCGCGUCGUCCAACCUCCGCGACCUCCUCAAGCUCCGGGACGACGACGUCGGCAGCGGCGGCGAAGGAGGAGAAGGCCGCCCCGCCGCGGCGGCGAGGCGCCGCACGCUGCUGGACGUCAUCCGCGACGCGGACGAGGGCCGCCGCCCUCCCGCCGCCGCCUCGGGCCGCCGCGUCGUUCGCCCCGCGCCGGCGUCAGCAGGCGUGGGCGGCACGGCCACCGCGGCUCCGGCGUCCGCCGCGCGGAGGCAGAGCCAGAGAGUGUCCCUGAUGGCGCUGCUGGAGCGGACGGAGCAGCAGCAGUGGACGUGGAAGCGCGCGGGCGGUGCGGAGGAAGCGGCGCCGCUGCCGGAGGAGGAGGAGAAGGGGAAGGGCGGCGGCGUGGGCGGGCGGUGCUGCGUGUGCGUCGCGCGGGGCAAGGGCGCGGCCUUCAUCCCCUGCGGCCACACCUUCUGCCGCGCCUGCGCGCGCGAGCUCCGCGCCGGCCGCGGCCGCUGCCCGCUCUGCAACGCCACCAUCCGCGAGGUCCUCAACCUCUUCUGACACACCCCCCUCGCCUACUGAGCAUCGCAUUCUGCGGUUCUGCCGCCGGUGACGGUGCUUCGUGGUUCUUUGUGCACGAACCAAUCUUUUCCAUCGUUUUGGGUUUUGGCGUUGAUCGGUGACGGAUCGACGAUGAUCGAUUAGAGAAAGCAUUCGGUGUAGAUAAGAUCUCUGUUUUUCGUUUCUCUUCUUGCUCCAUUUCUUGUUGGACUCCAACCAAACACGACAUAUGUACUACUAGUACCCUCAUCAUCCUCAUCCAUGCCGUGAUGGAUGCACAGCACAGGUGAGCAUUCAAGAUUCACUG